AUGGAAUCGAAACUUAAUGAAUUUGAAAUUUUGAAUAAGUUAGGUGAGGGUAGCUUCGGAUAGGUGUACAAAGUGAGACGCAAAGCUGAUAAGCAAACUUAUGUGAUGAAGCAAAUCAACAUUUCAAAAAUGAAUGCUAGAAUGAAAAAUGAAGCUUUAAACGAAGCAAGUAUCUUAGCUAAAUUGGAUAGUUCAUAUAUUGUGAAAUAUUAUGAAUCCUUUAUAGAUAAGUAAUUGUUAUGUAUAGUAAUGGAAUUUUGUGAGGGGGGGGAUUUGCACAAACUAUUAAAAAUGCAAAUGGGGAGACCGUUGCCAGAAAACUAAGUGUGGAGAUUCCUCAUCCAAAUAACAUUAGGAUUGGCAUUCCUUCAUAAGAAUAAAGUUUUACAUAGAGACAUUAAGUCUAUGAAUAUAUUUCUCUCCAAAGAUCAAGUUCGCAUUGGAGACCUUGGAGUGGCUAAAUUAUUAAAUGAUCAAAACAACUUUGCAAGGACUAUGGUAGGAACUCCUUAUUACUUAUCACCUGAAAUGUGUGAGGAGAAACCCUACAACGAGAAAAGCGAUAUUUGGGCCUUAGGUUGUGUUAUAUAUGAACUAUGCACUUUUAAACAUCCAUUCGAAGCUAAUAGUUAAGGAGCUCUGGUACUCAAAAUAAUAAGAGGAAGGUAUGAACCAAUUGGAUAAAUGUAUUCCUCAGCUUUAGGAUAAUUGAUUGAUUAGUGUUUGUAAAAGGAUUAUCGACAAAGACCUGAUGCAUUCUAAUUAUUACAAUAAGCAAGUCUGAUUUAAUAGGCAUAGAACUUGAGAAUGCAAUUAAAUUUAAAUUAACCUCAUCCUAAUUCAAAACAGACCUCAUAAAUUUAACCCAUUCAAACUCCAGUUAUCAGCAAACCUAAAGAAAUUCAGCAGUCCUUAGCCACCCCUGUUGCUGUUUCUGUCAAAAGUACUCCAUAAGGAAAACCAUUGAAAGCUAAAGUAUCUACAUCUUCCCAAAAUUUGCAAUUAGAAGUAAAAGGAAAGCAGGAACCUGUUAGAGAUACUCCAAUUGUUUAAAAGAAAAUUGUGUAAGUUCCACCUACCUCUGCUCCGAAUCAAGUUCAAAAUUAAAAUUAAAAAAUGGAUGAUUUUUAUAAGGAUUGGAGAGAUAAGGUUUCUGAAUUGCAAAAGUAAAAAUAAGACGAUCGGAUAAUUGUGUCUAGACCUGAAUUAUUAAAGGCAGAAUUUCAGCCAAAUUAAAUUCCUAUUAUUUCAUCUUAAUCAAAUAAUAAUCAAUCUAAUUAAUAAUAAAACAUUUUCUCAAGUUAACAGGUAUAACCUACAAAAAAACCAGUUUUAUAGGUAAAAGCGAAGGUUUCAAAUCCUAAUAUAGAAGAAAUUGAUAAAAAGAGAAUUCGAAAAGGUGCCCCGAAAGAACCUGCAAGGUAAGUUAAAGAACCUCUGAGAAAGGCUGAUAAGAUUGAAUAAAUUAAAGAAACACCUAAAUAAAACAAAACUAAGAGCAUAAAACAAUAAACCUGCUCAUAAGAGGAAGUGGAUAUGGUAUUGAAUUUACCUGACUUUGUUGCUAAAGAAGACAGUAACAUUAAAGUGAUAAAGCCAGAAAGAGAAAUCAUAGAUAUAAGUUCAUUUGCUGAUGAGAUACCCACAACUAUAGUUGAAUCUCAAAGUGACAUGGAAUCUAAUCAUUAUGUUUAAGUACAAUUUAGAUCUGAACCAAAAACAGCAGCUUAGUAGGAUAGUUAAAAUAAUGGUGAAUAUUAAUAAGAUUCAGACAAAGGGGCUUACACAGAUCCUGAGGAUGGAGAUGGUGAAAAUGAUGAGGAAGGUAGGGAUGACACUGCUGAUUAUGGAGAUGAACAGCCCAUUUAAAAUAGAGAUAUUCAUACUAUUCAAGAAGAAGCUUUUGAAGAAACAAAUCAAUGUCAUCAGUUUAUUGAAUUAUGCAUUGACAAUAAGAAGAUGGAUCUCAAUAAGUAACUGUUGGAAGCUGAACAAAGAAAGAUGGAGUUAGAGUAAUUCUUGUUAAUCAAACGAAAAGAAUGCAUUCAGGAUCUAGGAUAAAAGUUAUUUGAAGAAGUCAUCAAUUUCUUAAGGACAAAAUUAAAUUCUUAAGAAGAAUUGAAUGAUAAAGAUUAAGAAGAGAUAGACGAUUUAAUUUAAAAUAAGUUACUUAAUACAAAAAAUCCGUAGAUAAUUUAUGUAAUCUACAAAAUUCUACACUUCGAAAUAGAAAUCACUAAGAGUGUUGAUAAAAUUAAGGAUUUGUCUGAAUAAUUAAUUAACCUAUGA